AAGAUAUUUUCCCGAGGAUAAACCAACAGCAAUGGUCGUUAUUAACGCUCGCGGCAACAAAAUGGAAACCCACUUCAUAAUUUCUGCAACAAUGGAGGGUUUGAUUCUUAACAAUCCAAAACCAUCUUUAUCCAAACCCUUUCUUCUCAAAACCCCUUUUCUGCACUAUGUUUUCAGGCACCAAAUCACUCCCCGGGCCGCCCAACUUCGCAGUUUCUGUGUCACUUGUAAGAUUAAGGCAUCGCAAGACAAGAAGCAGAAGAAUGUCAGCAACAAGAUUGUGCUCUCGGAAGCAGCGCCGCCGCUUGCGGAGGAGGAGAGUGAUAACACUGGAAAUGCUGAAGCCGAAGUCAAGGCUGGAAAUGGGAGUGGGUUGGCGAAGCUGGUGAAGAGAUUGCCCAAAAGGAUUUUGGGGGCUUUGUCUAAUUUGCCUUUGGCUAUUGGUGAAAUGUUCACCAUCGCUGCCCUGAUGGCUCUUGGUACUGUCAUUGAUCAAGGCGAAGCCCCUGAUUUCUAUUUUCAGAAGUACCCUGAGGACAAUCCUUUGUGGGGAUUCUUCACUUGGAGAUGGAUUCUUACACUUGGGUUUGAUCACAUGUACUCAUCUACCAUUUUUCUAGGGAUGUUAGCUCUCCUUGGGAUCUCACUCAUGGCAUGCACUUACACAACCCAGAUUCCUCUUGUCAAGGUUGCUAGAAGAUGGAACUUUUUGCAAUCUGGUGAAACUAUUCGCAAGCUGGAAUGUUCUGACAUUUUACCCAGAGCAUCAGUCCAAGAUUUGGGGGUUAUUCUAAUGGGAGCAGGAUAUGAGGUGUUUAUUAAAGGACCAACUUUAUAUGCCUUUAAGGGAUUAGCUGGACGAUUUGCACCAAUUGGUGUACAUUUGGCCAUGCUUUUGAUAAUGGCUGGUGCAACCCUCAGUGCAACUGGGAGCUUCAGAGGUUCAGUUACAGUUCCACAGGGACUGAAUUUCGUAGUUGGAGAUGUUCUGAACCCGAGCGGAUUUCUCUCCAAGCCAACUGAAGCUUUCAAUACUGAAGUUCACGUCAACAAGUUCUACAUGGACUACUACGACAGUGGAGAGGUGAAACAGUUCCAUAGUGAUCUUUCUUUAUUUGAUCUUAAUGGGAAAGAGGUGAUGAGGAAGACAAUUAGCGUGAAUAAUCCUUUACGGUAUGGAGGCUUUACAAUUUACCAAACCGAUUGGGGAUUUUCAGCUCUACAAAUACUUAAGAAUGAUGAAGGACCUUUUAACUUGGCUGUGGCACCUCUAAAGAUCAAUGGAGACAAGAAGCUUUAUGGGACUUUCUUACCAGUUGGCGAUGUUGAUUCACCAGAUGUGAAGGGAAUAUCAAUGCUUGCUCGUGAUCUUCAAUCCAUUGUCUUGUAUGAUCAGGAAGGAAAGUUUGUUGGGGUGCGACGUCCGAGCUCCAAGCUUCCUAUUGACAUCAACGGUAUAAAAAUCGAAAUAGUUGAUGCUAUUGGCAGCACUGGACUGGAAUUGAAGACUGACCCAGGAGUACCCAUUGUUUAUGCUGGAUUUGGUGCUCUAAUGCUCACAACAUGUGUCAGUUAUCUAUCUCAUUCUCAGAUAUGGGCCAUACAAGAUGGAACGAUAGUGAUCAUCGGAGGGAAAACGAACCGUGCAAAGGUCGAAUUUCCAGAGGAGAUGGAUCGUUUACUUGAUCGAGUUCCAGAAAUCAUUGAACCAUCUCACUAUGAGUUGAAUAACAAUGAUGCCUAGUUCCUAAGACACAAGAAUGGAACAAGCCAGCACUCAAGGGCAACAAUCAAUCAGUGUCCAACUUAACAACCAAGCACAGAAUGGAGAGCCCCCCAUAACUUCAAAAUUUUGGCCUCAGAAGAUCAUUGUUGGUUUUCUUCUUUUUUAUGUGUAAAUAUUUAUAAAUAGAGGAUGGUUUUACCAAUUUGUAAUUCUUUCAUCACCAGGACAACCAUGUUCCAAGCCUUAAAUAAAUCAUUGUUGUAUAUAUCAUAACACAGGAUACUUGAUUUAUUCUUUUUUCAGGUAAAAAAAAAAUGAAAGCAUUGUUCUUAUUUUAGAAAA